UCCACCUUCUUUCCCCUCAGCCGUAGACUCAAAAUAGUGAACAAGCUCUUAAAAUAUGGACUAUGCAAGCAAACAACAUUCGUUGUGGUCCUGGUACCGUUGUCAGAUCCGAAAUCCGAAAACAACCUGCUGGGCAGCAUUGACGAAACAUGAACUGUUUCACAGACCCGAGUAUUAAGGGCCACUUCUUACGCGGCCUUUUAUCCCAAGCAACCGGCCAUGGCCGUCAGCUGUCGACAUUCGGUUUUCUACUCGCUUGAGCGUGUUAAAAUUAUCAUUCGCUUAUCUUUUGUAUUAGGUUUUUCGUAUGGCUGUCCCUCGAAACGCUUAGCUGUGCUUCGGGAAAUGCGACGGGGUCUGUUUCCCGUACGUGGUUCUAAUCGCAUGAGCUAUGCUUGCAUUCCUUCUUGCGGCGUGGCAAAGGGCGCAACGCCAGAUCUAUGGUGUCCUUUUCGUCUGGUUGGGUGGGCUUCCCCCAGGGCCACAUGAGUACAUUGCCAGCUGUCGUCCCUAUGACCGCG